CUAUCAGUUAGUGUGUUAGCGUUAGCCGGCACUUCGUUUUUAAUUUUUAUGGUGAUCGGUCGUGGACGUGGACUCACGAUGUCGUGCCCGUGCGAUCUGUUCUCAUUGUAGAUUUGUUGCUUGUAUAUCGUAAAUCGUUUUACAUAAUAUUAUUAUUUAUUAAUUUAAUAAACGUAUUUCACGGCCAUUGCCCAUUGUCCGUCGUCUUUUCACACUAAUGUCUAGUCUGUGAAAUAUAUAAAUGUUGUUGUUUUCCAUCGUUAUUAUACAUCAGCUUUAAACGUCAAUAAUAAUAAUAAUUUAAUAUAAAUACUAAACGACUCGAGUUUGAACGACCAUAAUAUUUUUAUCAGAAUAAGUGGUUGCACAAUACCUUUGUAACUAUGACUUGGAGUCCUCUUACAUCUUCUCGAGUUCUGGAGUUUUUACCCCAUGACACUUGGACUGAAGUCAUCUUAAUUUCACUCGAACCAAAUGAAAAUGGUGUAUAUAUAGCAACAACUGAAGAUAAAAACAAAAAACAAAUUGAAGAUAUGAAUAAUAUAUCAAUACAGAGUUGUUUUUUUGAAAAAGUUAAAGAGUUUAAAGCUUUGGAAAUUGUUGGUGUUAAAAUAAAUGACAAUUGGCACAGGGGAAAAAUGGUAUGUUACAAUGAACUUCAAUUUCAUGACACAAAAAUUGAGUUAAUCGAUGUUGGUUGUUUUUAUCAAACUAAAUUAGACAAUUUGUUUAUUCUUCCAUACUACUUUUUGUACGAACAAUUGGCUCUACCAAUUCAAUUCCUGAAUUUUAUACCUAAGACAUCAAAAUUAACUAUAAAACCAGAUUUGUCUAAUAGUAAGCUGUUUGAAGGGGUCGUGCUUGUUGAUGUUUUUUGUAAUAAUAUUAAGUCGAGAAAUAAUGAAAAUGGAAAAAACCAAUUUGACACAAAAAAUAAAGCUAUUAGUUGUCCACUUGAUUCAAAUUUGAGUACUUUCGAGGAUAUUGUUAUAUCUAAAAAAGGUAUCACUCAUAAUCUAGCUAGACAGGAAAAGCAAAAAAAAAUUGCAUUAAAAAAUGGAGAUUAUUGUUGUAUUCAAUUUUUUCAAGAUUUGUCUAAUAUUUAUGUAUGCAAAGUUAUUAAAAAUAUUGCAAACAAUAAUUAUAUUAUAUGCGAUGUUGAUAAUGUUUUAUUGGGAACAACUCACAGUAAAGAUCAAACACUCAAAAAAUAUCCAAUGGUGGGUGAUAUUGUCAAAGUUUUUUCAUCCCUUAAAAAAAGUUAUAUUAGAGCAAAAAUAUUGAAAAAAAAUAAUGAUACAAGUUAUGACAUUUUUUAUAUUGAUUAUGGAAAUAUUGAAACAAUUAUGUCUAAUGAAGUAUAUGAAUUGUCACAAGAAUUAUGCAAGCCUGGUUUAGCUAUUCAAGUCGGAAUUAGUGAUUUAAUACCUGUCAAAAAUAAUUCAAUGGAAAUACACGAGAAAAUAAAAAAUGUAUUUGAAAUAUUCAUUAACACUAAUAAACUAUUCCAAAUUGAAUUUGAUGAAACUUCAGAAAACCAUUUACAAAAUUUGAAAUUUAAAGAAAUCGAUAAUGGAUUUUAUAUUAAUGAUUUUGUAAUGAAUUGCUUAAAAGAAUCGGAACCGUCAGAAAUUGAGUAUAAAAAACCAUUGAAUAUAAAUUCUAAAAUAAACUAUGACCAUGAUCAUGAUAUUAAGCUUCAAAGAACAUUAAAUAAUAAUGAUAUUGUUUAUUUAAGAAGUUUUCAAUCAGAUAAUGUGGUUUAUGUCAUAAAAGAUUUAAAACUAUAUAAUGAAGUAAUAUUGAAUACUACUCAAGACAAAUCAGCUACAGUACUCAAAAGAGAUUUGAUUUCCGGAGAUAUUGUUAAAGUUAUUUCAGAAAAUUGUACUUAUCGAGCAAAAAUAAAAUUUAUAUUUAGUACAGACAAUAUAAUGGUUUCUGUUAUUAAUAUUGACACAGGUAGUCAUCAUUAUGUUAGCUCCAACUCAAUUUAUGAGUUGUCAAAAGAUUUGAUCAAGAUUCCCGGAUUAUCAAUAAGACUUAAGGUUGAUGGUCUUUAUAUAAAGAAUGCUAGAUUAAAAGAUUUAUUAACAAUAUAUAUCAAGAGUAUUGAAAAUAUUCCUUUAUAUGUGGAGCAUGUUAGACAUUUAAAUAAACAUCAAACUGUAAAUUUAAAAAGAAUAGACAAUUCUGAAAAUAUUUUUACUGAGUUUUAUAAAAUUGCCAAGUGUAAAUCAUCAUUUAUAUGUAACGAAAUAUCAAAUAAUAAUAUUGACGAUGAAGUAAUUAAUGAACCCAAAGAAAAUUUGAAAAUUAAAGAAUUUGAAAAUGCUAAAUUAAAAAAUGGAGAUUAUUGUAUUAUUUCCUUUUUUAAAGAUUUUAAAAACAUUUAUGUAUGUAAAGCUGUUAAAGAUUGUAAUGAUAGCUUUUAUACUAAUCAUGAGAUGGAUAGUUUGUUAAAUCCUACAAACCACAGUAAAGAUUGUGAGGUAAAUGCAAAACCAGUUUUAGGAGAUGUUGUUAAAGUUCUAUCACCGACAUACAAUCAUUUUUAUAGAGCCAAAAUUCUAAGCGCUGAAAGUGAAAAUUGCUUUCGUGUUUCAUAUAUUGACUAUGGUGAUAUAGAAAUCGCUGAGUUGUGUAAUAUAUUUGAGCUUUCUGAUAACUUAAAAAACAUACCGGGAAAUGCUGUACAAAUUGGAAUUGAUAUUUCACUUGAUAAAAUACCAAAUGAAGAAAUAAUACAAAUGUUUGACCAAUUAGCUACACAGGAAACACAGUUAUCAAUUGAGUAUAAUAAAUAUGACAAAAAAGGCUUAGAAAAUUGUGUUUUAAAAGUUAUUUCAAGUGGUCUUAAUAUUAAAAAUGAAGUCUUAAAACUAUUAUCCAAUCAGUCAACAUCAUCCUUAUUAAAAAGUUAAAUAAAAGUUGAAGAAUCUAUCCAAGGAUCACCAAGUAUUAAGUAUUUUACCUAAUGGAACACUAAACUACCAAAGUAUCAAUAAAUAUGAAAUGGAGAAGACUGCAUAAUAAAUUAUGUAAUUUUAAUUAUAAAUUAAUUGAAAUAAUUUAAUCUUACGAUUAUAGUAGACUUAUACAGGGUAAAAAAAAACAUAAAAUAAAUAAACGUAAAGGGUGAGAAUUAUAGGUAUUAGGAUUUAAUUUUUUUAAUAAUAUGUAGUAGCAAUUAUGUAAGUUUUAUUUUGGAACAAUUCUAUGUAGCUUCCAAGCUUUUUUUUCAAAAUGUGUAUUUUUGCAUGCUUAAUUUGAUGGCAUUUAAAAAAAUAAUCGCUCUAACUUACUUUGGAAGUUUUAUUUAAAAACUUCAGUGAUCGUGUUUUUAGUUUAAAAUACCAAUUUCUAAAUCACAGUUUACUUAUUGUACUUACUUUUUUUGUUAUUGUUAAUAAACCGUGUAAAACUCAA